AUGUCUCCGCUUUUCUUUCGGUUUAGGUAUCUCACGCUCUUCCUAAUCUUCCUUACGGCAACAUUCCAAGCGCGAGCCUCAGAAGCCGAGAACCUCGUUCCCAAUCUCUGCAAUCUAAUCGAUCAAGCGCUAUACUGCCGCUGUGACACAGACGAUAUCACCGAUGACGCGACCGAAGUGACCUGCUACGUGGUGAAGGAGAUCGCCGAAGAGGACAUCGUAUUCAAGGCCCUCGCGAAGCAGCCGUCCAUCGUCUCGAUCGUGUUCAGUUCGCUCAGUGAGGAGCACCACUUAAAGUUUGUUCCUUCCAACGUCCUGCCACAUGCUCCAGUCUUGGAGCGUCUUAAGUUCUCCCAGGCGGAGUUGGGUGUCUUGAGGACUCACGCCUUCUACAACCUGACAAAACUGGCCGUGCUGUCCCUCGACUCCAACGAGAUCUCGGAACUGGAGACGGACUGCAUCUCGCAUCUGCCUCGCCUCAAGAAGCUGGAACUGGCGGACAACAAGCUAAAAAAGAUGCCCGCAGGAGCCCUGUCUCACCUACCGUCUCUGACGCACUUGUUCCUGGAGCGGAACAAGAUGACGGUCAUAGAGGACUUCGCCUUCGCGGGCCUGGGCAAGGUUAAAGAGCUAGACCUCAGCGACAACUCCAUCGAGGCCCUCACCGAGCACAGCUUCAAGGGCCUGUCGCGGGUCCUCAGGCUCGACAUGUUUCGAAACAAGCUGAAGAGGCUGGAAGCCCGGGUCUUCGGCGGCUUGUCGUCCCUGGUGGAGCUUGACCUGAAGUACAACGAGAUCUCCGAGGUGGAUCCACUGGCCUUCGACGGUCUACUGCACCUAACCAUCGUGUACCUCUCGUUGAACCGUCUGCGCGUCCUGCCGGCGCAAAUGUUCAUGGGAGCUCCCAACCUUGCGACCGUGGACCUGUCGCAGAACCAGCUGGUCACGCUUACCUGGAGGACUGUCCAGGACUUGAGGAAGAUUGACACCGAGGCCUUCGACAUGAGCCUCACUGGCAACAAGUUCAGCUGCGACUGCCGCCUUGUGUGGAUGCUGCACCUGGAGAACGCCACCAGGAACGACAAGCUCCGGCGCGAGCUGAGGCACGUCAAGUGCGACUUCCAAGCCAGCGGCAACCUGAGCAGCAGCAAGGUGUCCCGACUCAGCGCCAGCCAGCUGGGCUGCCCCGCCGACUACGCCAGGCCAGGGUUCCGCAGCGCCGCCGCCAUCGCCCACUCGAUUAACGACGGGGCCUCUCCAGAUCCCGACAUCGAUCCCGACGAGAAGAACAAAGCCGGCAACGACGAUGAUGCGCAGCUGACGAAGAACGACAUCGAGGUCGUCUUGAAUCAGCGAAAAGGGCGCGGAUGUGCUGGCGUCAUCGUCCAGGGCACAGCAGCAGCACAGGGGCAACGGGGCUGCUUCCGGUCUACUGACGGACGCCGGACGGUGCCUAGUCGGCCUCCUCUGGUCCUGUUUGGCGGCGGCCGCCAUGUCGACGUGUAG